AUGCCUCAUUCGGAACGCCUAGAAUCAGCUGGCUUGACACCGGAGCAACUGAACUUGUGGAAUGAGAAUGGCUAUCUUCUCAUUCCCGAUGCGCUCUCUCAGGACACUGUCAAAGAACUACUUGCGGAGACGCAUAGUAUGCUGGACGAGUUUGCGAGCAGCGGGAUGAAGGACCACCCGAUGACUCGGUUUUCGACCGGACAGGAAGGAAAAGAGCAUGUGGGAGAUGAUUACUUCUUGACGAGCGGUGAUAAGGUGCGAUUUUUCUUUGAAGAGGAUGCCUUCGAUGGCUCCGGGAACCUCGUAAAGCCUCCCGCCCGCGCCAUCAAUAAGAUAGGCCACUACCUACAUCAACUCUCCCCGGCCUUCCGCAAGAUCUCGCUGUCUCCUGACAAUGCCGCCAUAGCGCGCUCGUUGUCCUUUAAGAACCCGCAAUGUCUACAAAGCAUGGUCAUUUGCAAGCAACCCGAGAUUGGGGGCGCUGUGCCGCCACACCAAGACAGCACUUUCUUGUACACCAACCCGCCUAGCGCCGUGGGGUUUUGGUAUGCUCUUGAGGAUGCAACCGCUACGAAUGGAUGCCUAAGCUUUGCAAAUGGAUCGCAUAAGCGGACACCGAUUCGGCAGCGAUUUGUGAGAAAGCCAGACGGGAGCGGCACGACAUUUGCCGAGAACGAUGGUGCGCAGUUUCCGGCCGGGCUCCAGGUUCAGCCGGGUGGGUCCGCUGAGGAAGAGUAUACGAUGGGAGAGGUUAAAGCCGGCACUCUGGUUCUAAUCCAUGGCAAUCUUCUUCACAAAAGCGAGAAGAAUCUCAGUGGGAAGAGCAGGUUCAUUUAUACGUUCCACGUGAUAGAAGGGGAGAAUGAGUAUGAUGAGCGGAACUGGCUGCAGCCACCUGAAGAAGGCUUCUCGAAGCUCCAUACUUGA